AUGGCUCUUCUCGCUGUUGAUCUCAAAGAGGGUACCAAGACUGUCCAUGCUGAAGCUGAGCGCUCCAAGUUCAUCAAGUACUUUUUCAAGGGUGAGCUUUCUCCUGCUAUCUAUGGUCGCUUCCUCAUCUCUCUGUACCAUGUCUACACUGCUCUUGAGAAGGCCCUUAAUGAUAAUAAGGAUAAUGCCAAUAUCCAACUCAUCUACUUCCCCAAGGAGCUUUCUCGCAAGGCAGCUCUAGAGGAGGAUCUCGAAUUCUUCAAUGGUCCUGAGUGGCGUGACAUGCUUACUCCCAUCUCCCCUGCUCAGCAGGCUUACAUUGAUGCCAUCAACCGCUGUAGCACCACCAAGCCUGAGCUCUUGAUCGCUCAUGCUUAUGUUCGUUAUCUUGGUGAUUUGUCUGGUGGACAGAUCUUGGCCAAGAAGCUCCAAAAGUACAACGACCUGCCCGAGGGUAAGGGUGUUGCCUUCUAUAACUUUGAUGAGAUUGAGGACAAGAACGAGUUCAAGGAACAGUACCGUAUCCGUCUCAACCAGGUCGAAGUCGAUGAAGAGACCCAUAAGCAAAUUGUACAGGAGUCCUGCCAGGCCUUUAUUAGAAACAUUGACAUCUUCCAAGAGUUUGACCAUGAGCUCGUUGGUCUCGAAUUGACCAAAAAAGAGAAGGAGGCUCUUAAGGUCCAGGAGGCGGCCACAACCCAAGGGUUCCUCUCUACCCUUGCACCCGCUACUCUCAUCAACAACAUUGCUGUUGCUGUUGGUUUGAAGUCUAGCGCCUAA